AUGGCGUCGGGGGAGACGCGCACCUGUCACACCAGUGCAACAGAAACCUGUGACUUCCUGGCGGACCCGCAGACGACGCCGCGGGCCUCCUCCAGACAGCCUUCCGGCCCGCCAGAGCCGGAGUUCGACGCUGGGCAGGUGACCAACGUGACGGCGCUGCUAGGGGCCACCGCCUACCUGCACUGCCGAGUCAGGAACCUGGGCGAGCACGCCGUGUCGUGGGUAAGGCGGCGCGACUGGCAUAUCCUCUCAUCCGGCCUGUACACCUACACCAACGACGAACGCUUCCAGGUGAGCAGUUUCAACAACCGUCAGGACUGGACGCUGCACAUCAGAUACGUCCAGAAGAGGGACAACGGCACCUACGAGUGUCAGGUGGCUACGGACAAGGGUCUGAUGUCGCACUACUUCAACCUGCACGUGGUGGUGCCCACGGCGUUUAUACUGGGCAACGGCGAGUACCACAUCGGCGAGGGCAGCACCAUCUCUCUCGUCUGCAUCAUCGAGAAUAGCGAGCCUGCGCCGCGGCCGGUGCAGUGGUGGCACAACGACCGGCCGGUGGGCGGCGCCGGGCCACGGGGCGUCUCCGUCAUCACGGAGCCUGGCCCGCGCACCCACUCCAGGCUGGUCGUCUCCAGCGCCACGCGCGCCCACUCCGGCAACUACACGUGCGCCGCGCCGGACACCGAGCCCGACACCAUCAACGUGUACGUCUCUCAAGGAUCCUACGGUGACAAUAUAGCAGCGAUCCAGAAGCAAGAAGUUUCCCACGCGUUUCACCACUCCUCGGCGAGGCCAGCUGUCGUCAGUAUAGCGGUUGCCGUUCUGAGGGAAUUUUGGCGAUGA